GCGAAUAGCUGGCGAGGUAUGUUGUUUCCAUGGAGUGUCGCCUAGCUAUGGCAGAGCUUCGGGUUACUGAGGCCCGAGAGGAUGCAGCUCGCUCUUUGGACAAAAUGAGAAUCCAGAUGAAGACAAGAGAGGAUAAAUUUUCUUCCAAGUCUUGUAAAUGGAAUGCAGACAUGGUGGAGGCUCAACAACAUGUUGAGGCAGCCACACAGGAGUUGCGUACCUCAGAAGUAGCUGAGGCUGACCUUCGUGAAAAAGUUGAGCAGCUUCACGCCAGUAUGCGUGAGGAGAGGCUAAUCAGGAGGUCUUUACGGUCGGAGAAUACUGGUUACACUCAGAAAACACCACCCUCCGAUCAGAUAAUAAUACUCUACGUCAUCAGUUAUAGAUGGCGGUUUCGAGAGUGAUGGAUAAUGUCCAUCGCCUAGCCAGGAGGGAAAUUUAUUGUAUGUAUCCUGAAAGAGAUAUUGAUGACACUCGCCUUCUUCAAGUGGUUGAAGAAUGUGCGACUACUUUGGAACCUGAGGAGAUUACAUCCCAAAAUAUGAAUGUCAUGGAGGAACGCGCCGGUGCUCCUCAGUCUGGGGAAGCAGCAAGCCAAAUUUCGAAUGUGGAGAUUGAGUUCCAUCGCAUCUCGCCACUUUUAGAUGCGGUUUUUGAAGCACCUCCAAUGGUUGGCACCCCAGUGCAUUCUGACUUUAAUAUCUCUACGACAAUGUUGUUGGCUCCAACCGAGUUACUCGGCCCAGAGUUUUUUGAGAACUAAACUUUAUGAAAUUCC